AUGUCCAUCUUCCAGUCGCAACGACGCUUGGUCGUCUUCGCUUCCACCGCCUUCUUUGUCGUGAGCGUCUACCUCUGCACCACUCGACUGUUGGCCAUGGAUUUCAACCGCGAGUCCGUCUUCUCAAGUUACGAGGACGUCGAAGCCGAGCUCUCCAAGGCCGAUCUCCCCAUGUCUAGCGGCUCCUACAACCGGCCACCGUUCGAGGGCAUCACCGUCAUGGCCGCGCUUCCCGACGAGUAUGUCCCUACCACGGAGAAUCAGAGGAGGAUGAUCGUGAUCGGAGACGUCCACGGCAUGAUCGACCCGCUCAACACCCUCCUCAAAGAGACCGGGUUCGACAGCACAAAAGACCACAUCGUGUCAGUAGGCGACAUGGUCAACAAGGGUCCCGAUUCUGCCGGCGUCGUCAAACGCCUCAUGGACCUUAACGCCAGCGCCGUCCGCGGGAACCACGAAGACCGCGUGCUAUUGGCGUGGGCAGGCUAUAAUACUAUGGAAGUUGUCGCGGCCGACUUGGCAACGAAAGACGCAGAGGUGCCUCGAGGCGAGUCCGGCGAUCUGAAGACAGCACGGAGCCUUUCGUCAGAGCAGCUGGACUGGCUCAAGAGCCUACCCGUCAUCCUCACCGUUGACCCGCUCAACCUGUACAUUGUCCACGCAGGGCUUGUCCCGGGGAUCGAGCUUGAGCAGCAAGUCCCCUGGGCCGUAAUGAACAUGCGAACGCUCACCUACCCUACCGAGGAUUUCCGCAGAAAGGAAGAAGAGAAGAAGAAGGAAGAGGAGCGAAAGAAGCAAGAAGAGGAAGAAAAGAACAAGAACUCCCGUCGCGACGAGGCCGAGCCUGACGCCGCCACCGAAGACAUUGGCAUCGAGAAAACCAUACCCGACCACGACGUCUGGAUCCCCAUCGACAGCCACGACGGCGACGAGUGGACCGACCUCUGGAACCGCGAGCAGAAGCGCGUCCCCAAGUCCCAUCGCCGCACCAUCGUCUACGGCCACGACUCCAAGUGCGGCUACAAGGAGGAUUCCUACACCUUCGGCCUCGACUCCGGGUGCGUGAAAGGCGGUGCUCUGUCCGGCUUCAUCAUCCAGGCGGUCGAAGGGGGUUGGACGCACACCACCGUGCAGGUGCCGUGUGAAGAGUCUGAGCUUGGCGGGGGCGUGAGUAGAGCUAGAUAG